AUUUAUGCCCAUUCUCCUUCAGCAAGCAACAUUGUGUACCAAAGAAAUGGUGAUGGAGAAGCCAAGCCCCCUGCUUGUAGGGCGGGAAUUUGUGAGGCAGUACUACACUUUGCUGAACAAGGCGCCAGACUUCUUGCACAGGUUUUAUGGGAGGACCUCCUCUUACGUUCAUGGUGGAUUGGAUGGCAAUGGGAAGCCAGCAGAAGCAGUUUAUGGCCAAGCUGAGAUCCACAAGAAGGUCAUGUCCUUGCAGUUUAGUGAUUGCCAUACAAAGAUUCGCCAUGUCGAUGCACAUGCAACACUAAGUGACGGGGUGGUUGUACAAGUGAUGGGCGAGCUGUCGAACAAUGGGCAGCCAAUGAGGAAAUUCAUGCAGACUUUUGUCCUGGCUCCAGAGGGCUCUGUUCCAAACAAAUUUUAUGUCCAUAAUGAUAUAUUCCGCUACCAGGAUGAAGUCUUCGACUCGGAUGCAGAAUUGGAAGAAGAGUCUGAAGAGGAGUUCGAGGAAGAAGCUGAAGAGCAUCAGCUGUCUCCUGAGCCUGUGCAGGAAAAUACCAGCAAUACAUAUUAUGAGUCUCACACUGUCAGCAAUGGUGUAGAGGAAACUGUGGAAGAGGCAGCUCCUGAACCUGAGCCUGAACCUGACUCAAACACUGAGGAGGUAAAACCAGAUCCGGAGCUGCCCGAGAAGAAUGUGGAAGAGUUGGAAGAGAAGGCUCCCUCUCCAGCCCCAGUGGAACCAGUUUCUCAAGCACAAGAGACACCCAAGGCUUUCUCCUGGGCCUCAGUGACAAGUAAAAAUCUGCCUCCUAGUGGUACAGUUUCUUCCUCUGGAAUUCCUCCCCAUGUUGUUAAAGCACCAGCCUCACAGCCAAGAGCAGAAGCUAAAACCGAAGUGCAGGCUCAGCCCCCACGGCCCCGUGACCAGCGUCCUCGUGAGAGGCUGGGCUUAGUGUCCAGAGGACCCAGAACAGGUCGAGAAAUGGAAUCAAAUGAGGUUGAGAGUCGUCGAAUCAUCCGUUACCCAGAUAGUCACCAGCUCUUUGUUGGCAACUUGCCCCAUGAUAUUGAUGAAAACGAACUGAAAGACUUUUUUAUGAGUUUUGGCAACGUGGUUGAACUCCGCAUUAAUACAAAAAGCAGUGGAGGAAAGCUGCCCAACUUUGGAUUUGUGGUUUUUGAUGAUCCUGAUCCUGUUCAGAGAAUCUUGAGUGCCAAGCCGGUCAUGUUCCGAGGCGAGGUCCGCUUAAAUGUGGAGGAGAAGAAAACCCGGGCUGUUCGUGAAGGAGAGCGUAGAGGCGGCGAUGACCGUAGGGAUAACCGCCGCAGUGACAGAGGCUCUGGUCUACGCGGCAUGAUCGGUGGUGGGAUGAUGCGAGACCGUGACUCCCGUGGACCUCCACCCAGAGGUGGCAUGGCACAGAAGCUGGGUCCUGGACCGGGCAGGGGGGGACUCCCCAGUGAAGGUCGGUUUGCUGGACUCCGUCGCUAAGCACCACCGCUCCCGAUAUCCCGCUGGUGACACCACACUCUUCGUUUACUCUCUCUCUUUGUUUUUUGCGUUAUUGUUAAUUUUGGCUUUGGAAUGUGACACAGCCUGUUUUUCAUCUCUCUGUGAAAACAAGCCUUCUUUUUACCAGUUACAUCAAAGUGAUCAUUUUCCCUAUUUUUGGAACAGGAUUUAAGCAAAAAAAAAACAUUGUAUAAGAACUUGGAAAAAUAAACAAAGGCUUUGAUUUAAUUGGAACCCAUUUUAAAGGUCUGAAGAUUCACCUAUUUAGAAACAAAAAUCAAUCUCAGGCCUUUGGUGCAACUUGGCUGCUUUAUAUCAUAAAUUUGUCAAGUUUCUACCCAAUAAUAUUGAGAAAAACAAAUUGGUGCAAUUGGAGAAGCUAGCCUUGAUAAUUCUCUUUUUAGAAAAUACUUCGCUCAAGAGUUUGUGUUCAUGCACUCAUCAGAAUGCACUAAUGGGUACUCUUUAAAGCGUCAUUCGCCAUGGCAACUGCAAGAGGAGACGGGUGAAAAUCCAGCCACUGUCCUCUUCGGCAGGGAAGGAUGACUGACCAGAUGUGGGCUUUGAAUCUUAUAUACUUGCUGUGACCGACACGUUUUCCCACAUCUGUAAACCUUAAUGGACAACGUUUGAAUCAGUUUCAGAUGGAGGUGGAUUUUUUUUUCUUCGAACUAAAAAUUAAAAUACAAAAGCAAUUGUGAACACGUUAACAGCCCUGAACUCGAGUUUGGUGGCAUGUCCUCUCAUUUUUCUAUCUACCCCACUGCAAUACAGGGAUGCCUCGCUGCUCAGUACCAAUUUUCUUUCCCUCAAUCUGUGCAGUUAUGAAUGUGCAGCGAAAAUCAUAGCUAAACUUUACUGUUUUAGUUCUUUCAAUGUGUAAAGAGCAUGAUGGUGCCUUCUAUUGAUACGUCAUUCCAGUCUCGCUGGCAACUCUUCUACGGAUUGUACUCACCGCUGUUGUACAAAGCCAAACCGCUGUAGAACCUUACGGAAUCACUAGUGUGUGACAAAAUACAAAGAUGCGGAAAGCUGCAGAAUCCUGGCUUGUGGGUGGGGUAGGGCUGGGGGAGGCAAGAGCAAAACAAAGUAUUGAAGAAAGAAGAAAAUUGCACAAUAUCCAUUCACCUGUUCCAAGCUGUUGUUUGUUUUAUUUUUGUAUCAUUCCUGCAACUAAAGGUUGUUUCUGUUUGACUUCGGGAAAUUAGGAAUUUAAAAUCAAAACCCAGUAUUGUUACCGUUUUGAAAAAUAUGCAAAAAGUAUGGUUGUGCACAUGCAUUCAUCUGCACAAAGUGUUGUCUGACGUGCUCAUCUAUAAGGUUUUGAACCAGUCUGUGUAAAGCAAAGCCUUGAGGGAAAGCUACAUUAUGCAAAGGUUAAACUGCUGCGUUUUUGUUUCGAAACAAAGGAGAAACAGUUUGACCGACCCGUAAAGGAUACUGCAGCUUUUAAUCCAGACUCAGCAGCUGUCUGUGCUCCAUUUACUAAACAACAGUUUAGGGGUGUGUGUUAAACUAACCUUUGUGAGCUUGGUACAGGUGAAAGCUGCUGAUCGGGAUGAGGAAUGUCAUUAAGUCACAGCUUCUAGCAGCAAUGCACAUUUAUCAGUAGCGCAGUGAUUUGUUUACAUGCACAGCUUGAGGCUGUCACCUGUUGACUGUUCCACAAAACUGACAGAUACACAGUAACGUCUACUUGUUCCAAAUGUUGGUGGGAAGGAUUAUUGUGUCUGUUGGUUUUGACUUUUGUUUGAAAAUUUCUGAGGUCUUCCUUGUUUUGAUGGUAGUCUUGCACUAUUUCUCAAAUUCUGGGAUACAUUAGUAGUUUUUGUGUUUUCAAUCUAAUUGUUUAAACUUUUUUUUCCCCUGACUGAUUACUUCAGAUCUAUUAAUGUGGCCUGGAAAUAUUGUACUUGAAGUUUCCAUCGGGCAAGGAAGGGUUGCGUGUGUCUCUUUUUUUUCCUCCCCCCUCCCUCACCUCAAUCUUACUUGAAACCCUCGCCCUGGACACAGAACUUUGGUUUCAGUAUGAUUUGCACAAGUUCAUUGCCAAGCAGUUUACCAGAGUUUGACAGAUUUCUGCUGUGCUAUUUGCUACACCUCACCAGCAUUGAACUUCACCUUCUCUUCAAACCACUUCUGGGAAUGAACACCGUCCACAGGAAGUGCUUGCGUAUAAGUUUAGUUCACUUGAGAAAGAUGAGCCAUCCUUCAAUCUGGCUUGCUUCUCACCGUCUUUAAGUAUUGAUCAAACCAACAAAAAAGAAAAUCAACAAUCUGGAGACAUCAGAAUGUGGUGACUUCCUGGUGAUUUGUUCACUGAAUUUAAUUGUGUGCUGUAGUCCUGUUUCCCCAUUCCCUCGAGUCGUCAAUAAUACCCCUGAAGCAAAGUUAGGUGACUUCUUCCACUAAGAGUGUUAUUACUGGGUGGCACUAGAUGCUGGUUUAUGUUACUGUAAUGGAGCAAUAUCAUUCCAUUUUUGCCAAUGGGUUGGGCUUUUACCACCUUGGCUUUUGUGGGUAUUGUAGAUAAUGGUUUUCCAUCUUAAGCUGAUAUGUUUGACCAUCUUAUGCUGUUAGAGCAUAGUAAUAGUUACAUGUGUUGCAGGUGGCAAAUCUUCGUUUUUGAUUUUCAUUUUGAAUGUGUUGGACUAAACAUACAAUAAACUACUGAUAUCUGAAGCAUUCAAAA